CUAGCCUAUAUGCGCAACGCCUAACGAAUAAUAUUUACUCUGUGAUUUACUCAGUAGACAAGACAGCUCGUUCAUUUGACAGUUAUGGAAUAAAAAAAGAUUGUAAAAGGUUAUAUAAUAAUAAUUCGAAAUAUAUAAGAAAUGGGUUAUAAAUAUUACGAUUCUCCAGAAGGUCAUGAUGCCUUUAAAAAAUUACUUGUUACAUUAAAGUAUGCCGGCGUUGUUGGAGUAGGUGCCGCAACCAUGGAUGUAUUAACAUUAUCUAAACCUAAAGGAUACGGUAGCACGUUAGGACGCUACGCUUAUUUUACAUUCCCACUCAUGGGAAUGGCUGCCGCAUUUACUACCACAACAUACAUAGCAACAAAUUAUAGGCAAAAAGAUGAUAAACUGAACUAUGUUCUUGGAUCCCUGGCUGCUGGUGGUGUAUUUGGAGCUUGGCGUAAAUCUGCUGUAUCUGCAAUGUGGGGCUGUAUUAUACUUAGUGCUGCUGCCAUCGUUAAGAAAGAUUCUGUUCAAAAUGGAUGGACUUUCUUCAGUGAACCAAAAACAAGAGCUUUCAAUACGGUAAAUUCAUUUAAAACAGAUUAUUCUUUAAUUAAACAUACACCAGGAAACUGGACAACAGGGGCAAAAUAAAAAUAAUAGUUGAAUACUUGUAAUUAUUUGUAGAUUCUUUAAUAAAAUUAUUUAAUUUGGCCAAA